AUGGAUGCUGCACAGCAAUCCUGGGAGCUUGAUAAUGCCGUCCGUGUCUUCGACCCCCAACGUGAUGCACUCUACCAAUACGAUGAAGCCACCCACAAAGCACUGAACAACGAGAAACCAUGGGCAACAAACCCCUACUAUUUCAAAUAUGUGCAGAUCUCAGCAACGGCACUAUUGAAAAUGGUCAUGCACGCCCGCUCGGGUGGGUCCCUUGAAGUGAUGGGUCUAAUGCAAGGCUACAUCCUCCCGGAAACAUUCGUUGUAACAGACGCAUUCCGACUGCCCGUUGAAGGCACCGAGACACGUGUGAAUGCUCAAGAUGAGGCAAAUGAAUACAUCGUUUCUUAUCUACAGUCAUGUCGAGAUGCGGGACGACGAGAGGACGCUGUCGGCUGGUAUCACAGUCACCCUGGAUAUGGUUGCUGGUUAUCUGGUAUUGAUGUCAGCACACAAAAUAUGCAACAGAUGAUGGGGCCGUUUGUGGCUGUUGUCAUUGAUCCUGAGAGAACUAUCUCAGCGGGCAAGGUGGAGAUCGGCUCCUUCCGAACUUUCCCUGAGGGUUACACACCUGCGAAAGAGACUCAGGAAGACGAUGAAUAUCAGACAAUUCCUUUGGGCAAAGUGGAGGAUUUUGGAGCCCAGGCAAACCGGUAUUACUCGCUUGAGACAACACAUUUCAAGAGCACCCUUGACUCGGAGAUCUUGUCCUUGCUUUGGAACAAAUACUGGGUUGCUACUCUCAGCCAGAGCCCGCUUUUCGCCUCUCGUGAUUAUUCCAGCAAGCAGAUGAUGGACCUAAGUCAAAAGGUGCGCAAUGCUUCGCGACAAAUCGACAAUUCUGGCCCGUCUGGUCCGCGUGUCGGCAGCACCGUGUUUAAGGACCAGCAACUUGAAAAGGUCGUGCGCGGUGGCCAGCGGAUUGUCUCGGAGGAAGUUAAGGGUCUCCUGGCAUCUGAGGUCAAGAUGAAGCUCUUCCAGGAUAUAGGAGAGAAAUCCAAUCCAAUGGCCUAA